AUGAGACAUUUACUGGUAAGAGGUCCUCCCGAUGCUGUUUCCUCUGAUUUUUGCCUCGGUGGUGUGUUGUUCUGGAAACUGCUUCCAUCUCGAGGAAGUAUCUACAAAGGAUUUAGCGGAAACCAUCGAUACUGCACGGUAUGUGCAACGGGGUAUAAUGAUGAAGAGAACAGGAUGACGCAACAAAGAGAAUGUAUUGUUCAGAACUUUAAAACAGAAAUGCCAAACAAUGAAGCUAAGCCUUUCUGUAAGGAGGAUUCUACCGAUGGAAUAAUACCAGGUUGUGGUCCUUUACCAGCUAUAGACGGUUUGUUUUGGAACACAAGAUCCGGGAGAUCCAUUCAAAACAACAUGAGUACUGUGUACGAAGAGUAUUUCCCGCAAUGUCCUACAAGUAUACUGGAAAGUAAUUUCAGCAGUAUCCGGUGUGGGGAAAAUCUAACGUGGAACGUAAAUCCGACAGAUUUCCGAUGUCUUAAAGGUUGUGGUCCUUUACCAGGCAUAGACGGGUUGUUUUGGAAAAGAAAAUCCGGGAGACCUAUUCGAAACAACAUGAGCACCGUGUACGAAGAGUAUUUCCCGCAAUGUCCUCGGACAAGCAUACUGGAAAGUAAUUUCAGCAGUAUCCGGUGUGGGGAAAAUCUAACGUGGAACGUAAAUCCAACAGAAUUCCGAUGUCUUAAAGGUUGUGGUCCCUUACCAGUCAUAGACGGGUUGUUUUGGAAAACAAAAUCUGGGAGACCCAUUAGAAACAACUUGAGUACUGUGUACGAAGAGUAUUUCCCGGAAUGUCCUCAGACAAGUAUACUCGAAAGUAAUUUCAGCAGUAUCCGGUGUGGGGAAAAUCUAACGUGGAAUGUAAACCUUACAGAACUCCGAUGUCUUAAAGGUUGUGGGCCACUUCCAAAUCGUUUUGAGUGGAGGUUGGAGAAUGGAAGCAGGGCUGGAAAUGAAAGUUUGGCGGGAUAUAGGUACAUCGGCUUGUGCCGUCCAGAAUUCAAAACAUCAAUAAUGGCACACUGUGGCAGGGAAUCCAUCUGGCAUAAAGACCCAUCCCAAGUUACUUGUCCAUCAGAGAAAUGUGAUGAGUGGUACUGCAGUUUGGAAAUUCAAAUUGCAGAUAUAACGUGUGAACCUUAUAUAUCCACAUCUGAUACGGAGAGUUGUAAUGAGACUGCAUCUACAAACUCAGAUCUGUCUAGCAGUGAGGGAACUAACAGCGAGGGAAAUAGAACCCCCGUGGAACACUCGGAGAAUCCUUUCUGCAAGCAAGGGGAACUUGUUUACAUUGCAACGAAAGAGAUCAUGUUAAACUCAAACAGCCUUCAAAUAAGGCGUGAAGACCAAGCCCAAGCCCACUAUCGAGGAGUAGCUGUAUAUCCAUUCCUACACUGCAUAAAGGAAAUAGAAUCUUUGGACGCUGGUUUAUAUUACUGGACCACCACCGAAAGCUGGCCAAAGAGAAAUGUAUUUUUGUUGAGGGUGGAAGAUGAAAAUAUAAAGGUAUUUCAGACAUUAUGGACUGGGGUGAACCAAGAGGGAAUAUUGGAAUUUACUGUUCAGAGAGGGGAACUUGUUUACAUUGCAACGAAAGAGAUCAUGUUAAACUCAAACAGCCUUCAAAUAAGGCGUGAAGACCAAGCCCAAGCCCACUAUCGAGGAGUAGCUGUAUAUCCAUUCCUACACUGCAUAAAGGAAAUAGAACUUUCGGACGCUGGUUUAUAUUACUGGACCACCACCGAAAGCUGGCCAAAGAGAAAUGUAUUUUUGUUGAGGGUGGAAGAUCGGGGACAACCUGAUGGUCUUGAAUCCAUUAAAUCUAGUUUCCGCUGGAGUUGCAAUGUGCAACAGGACGUUUUUGAAUAUUUUUCUUCCAUUUCGAACAUGUGUUUGGCUUCCCCACCUUCAUCAUUAUCCACGACUAAAGAUGAACUAGAAUGUAAGCUGAAGAUAGAUGCAAUCUUCAGGGAUAUGGAAGAUCUCCGGAAACGUAUUUCAAGUGUGGAGUGGCACAGAAAAGGGAACCCUGAUAAUGGUCCAUCAAAUCUAAUUUUAAAUGAUUUAUGCAGGGCCCACCAGAACCUUUCUAUCGGCCAACUUGUAGCAAAUUUACCUCCAAAUUUAGAUCUACUGAACACCAUUUUAAGGUUUCAUAAUGAUUGUUAUUUUUGUAAUCGUCUUUUGUACGAAACCCAACAAACAGAACCAAAAGUAUUCUGCAGUGCGUGAAAAUAAAAUUAAAGGUGG